AUGACUCUGACCUGCGUCCUCAUCUGGACUCUCCUCUGCUGCUGCUUCACAGAGUCCAGAGGCCAAGUCACAGUGACUCAGCCUGGAGCAGUGAGAUCAGCUGUGGGAAACUCCGCCACCAUCUCAUGCAGAACCAGUCAGAAUGUUUAUGUUUGGAGUAACUACCACUAUUUAGCCUGGUACCAACAGAGAGAUGGAGAAACUCCUAAACUGCUUAUUUACGCUGCUUCCAGUCGAGCAUCAGGGAUUCAAGGUCGUUUUACAGGCAGUGGAUCAAACUCUGACUUCACUCUGACCAUCAGUGGAGUCCAGGCUGAAGAUGCUGCAGUUUACUACUGUCAGAGUGCUCACUACAUCAACAGUCAAUACGUGUUCACACGAAACAUGUUGUUCUUCAAUAUGACUCUGACCUGCGUCCUCAUCUGGACUCUCCUCUGCUGCUGCUUCACAGAGUCCAGAGGCCAAGUCACAGUGACUCAGCCUGGAGCAGUGAGAUCAGCUGUGGGAAACUCCGCCACCAUCUCAUGCAGAACCAGUCAGAAUGUUUAUAGCUCAAACUAUUUAGCCUGGUACCAACAGAGAGAUGGAGAAACUCCUAAACUGCUCAUUUACUAUGCUUCCACUCGAGCAUCAGGGAUUCCAGGUCGUUUUACAGGCAGUGGAUCAAACUCUGACUUCACUCUGACCAUCAGUGGAGUCCAGGCUGAAGAUGCUGCAGUUUACUACUGUCAGAGUUUUCAUGUUAUCAACAGUCAAUACGUGUUCACACAGUGAAAAAGCGUCGUACAAAAACCUCCGUCAAUCAGAAUGAACACAAAGUGAAGUGAGACUGACACAGUUCACUGAGGACACACACACACACACAC